AUGAGUGACAUGGGUUUGCUCAAGUGCUUCCUUGGUAUUGAAGUUCACCAAAGUGAAGAUGGAGUGUUCAUUUCUCAAAGCAAGUAUGCCGAAAAGGUGUUGAAGAAAUUUGGUAUGCUUGGUUAUAACCCCACAUCUACACCACUUGUAGUGAAUGAGAAACUCAAGAAAGAUGAUGGAGAAAGAAAAGUUGAUGAGACUUAUUAUAGAGGUCUUAUUGGAAACUUGUUGUAUCUUACACAUACAAGACCCGACAUCAUGUUUGCUUCAAGUAUGCUUUCUAGGUUCAUGAGUUCACCUAGUCAUCUAAAUCUUGGCGUGGCAAAGAGGUUGUUGAGAAAUUUGGAUGUCAAAUUAGUUGGAUAUUGUGAUAGCGACUUGGGAGGGUGUAUUGAUGACAUGAAGAGUACAUCGGGGUAUGCUUUUUCUCUUGGUUCGGGUAUAUUUACAUGGGCAUCAAAGAAGCAAGAAACCUUAGCUCUAUCCACGGCGUAA